AUGGCUAUUGUUAUACGAUAUGUGAGUGAGAAAGGCCAAAUUAUUGAACGUUUUUUGGGUAUUGUACAUGUUCCUGAAACGUCAGCUCGAUGUCUUAAAAAAGGAGUUGAACAAGUCCUCUCAAAUUACAAUUUGUCACACUCUAAAAUUCGUGGUCAAGGUUAUGAUGGUGCAAGUAACAUGAGUGGAGAAUUUAAUGGCCUAAAAGCACUUUUUCUGGAUGAUAAUAAGUCUGCAUAUUAUAUCCAUUGUUUCUCACACCAGCUUCAAUUAGCCUUAGUUGCAGUUGCAAAAAAUCAUGUUCAGAUUGCACUAUUAUUUACUAUAAUUUCAAAUGUGAUGAAUAUUGUGGGUGUUUCAUGCAAGCGUCGUAAUCAGCUAAGAGAUAAACAACACGAUAUGACAUUAAGUGCAUUACAAAAUGGUGAGGUGUUCACUGGACGUGGAUUAAAUCAAGAAAUAUCUUUACGGCGUCCGGGUGAAACAAGAUGGGGUUCUCAUUAUGAGUCACUUAUUAGAUUGAUUACAAUGUUCUCCUCAGUUGUUGAUGUGCUUGAAAUAAUUUUGGAGGAUGGCAUAAGUUCUAAAAAGAGAGGGGAAGCUUUUGCAUUAUUAGAUUCAAUGCAAUCUUUUGACUUUUGUUUUUGUCUGCAUUUAAUGAAAGACAUACUUGGAAUCACUGCUGAACUCUCAGAUGCUUUACAAAGGAAAGACCAGGACGUCGUAAAUGCUAUGUCUUUAGUUCAAAUAUCAAAAAUCAGAUUACAAGACAUGAGAGAUAAUAAGUGGGAUGACUUCAUUCAAAAAGUGUCUUUAUUUUGUGUUGAACAUAAAAUUAUCAUUCCAAAUCUAAAUGAUAAAUGGGUUGCCCGCGGACGAUCACGGCGUGGACUUCAAGAAAUAACAAAUUUACAUCAUUAUCGAGUUGAUAUAUUCUACACAGUACUUGAUAUGCAACUACAAGAGCUGAAUAAUCGUUUCACAGAAGCUAAUACUGAAUUACUUUUGUGCAUUGCUUGUUUAAAUCCAUCAAAUUUGUUCUGUGCAUUCAACAAAGAAAAGUUGAUUAAAAUGGCAAACUUAUAUCCAAGUGAUUUCACUCCUUCUGAUUUGAUGAUUCUUGAUAAUCAGCUGUAA